ACUGUCAUUCAAAGGUUGCUUGGUUGAUUUCGUUUCGUUGUGAUUUCUGAAUUCAUUUACCAUUUAUUUAUUUACUUCCCGUAUUCUAUACUUAAUUUAUUAUGAUCUUCAUAAUUUAACUAUGUUUUUACUACAUAAUAUCUUCCAUUAAAAAAAUACUUCGUAGUGCAAUGUUUUAGUGUAAUGUGCAAUAUCUUACUUUGGGAUUUUCGGGAUAAAUCGAAUAGUUGUCCGACAAAAUGUCUGCGGAAUCUGAUAUGGAAUAUUCGGAUAACGAUGGAGAUGAGUAUGAUUACUACGGGGAAAAUGAUGACUGCGACAUGGAUACUAUUGACAAGAGCAAAUCCGAUCCAGAAUACUUUGAAUACUCGUGCCUUAAAGUUGAGGAAGUCGAGAAGUUAUUGAAUGAAUCAAUCGAAUUACUCAGUAACAGCCUUCAAAUUACACCUUCACUUGCCAAGGUGAUGCUACACGCUUAUGAAUGGAAUGCUCAAGAGAUUAUCAAGAAGUACAAAGAGAAUGCAAAUGAGGUCCUCAUAUACAGUCACGUGAAGCCUCGGACGCAGGUGGUGCAGGCCAGCUCCAGUCGUACAGUGUGUGCGGUGUGUGCCACCAACCCAGCCCCCAGCCAGUUUAGUGGGCUGGCAUGCGGGCACUACUUCUGCAAUGACUGCUGGGGCAUGCAUUUUGAAGUGCAAAUCAGUCAAGGUGUUUCCAAUACAAUUCAGUGCAUGGCUCAAGAGUGUGAGGUGCGGGCUCCGGAAGACUUUGUCCUGUCCCACGUGCCUAAUGCAAGACUGCGGGAGCGCUACCAACAGUUCAUGUUCAAAGACCAUGUGAAGUCGCACCCUGAACUCAGAUUUUGCCCUAGUCCAAAUUGUCAGUGGAUAUUCCGCGCGUGCACGGGCGAGGGCGCGUGGCGCGUGGACUGCGCGGGCUGCGAGCACCUCACGUGCUUCUCCUGCGGCGCGCCGCACCACGCGCCCACGGACUGCGCCACGAUCCGCCGCUGGCUCACCAAGUGUGCCGACGACUCGGAGACUGCCAACUAUAUUAGCGCUCAUACUAAGGACUGCCCGAAAUGUCAGAUCUGCAUAGAGAAGAAUGGCGGCUGCAACCACAUGCAGUGCGGCUCGUGUCGCCACGACUUCUGCUGGGUGUGUCUCGGCGACUGGAAGACGCACGGCUCCGAGUAUUAUGAGUGCAGCCGUUAUAAAGAGGACCCCAACUUGUCCAGCGACAGCCAACAUGCUCAGGCUAGAGAAGCGUUGAAGAAAUAUCUCCACUACUACGAGAGAUGGGAGAACCACGCGCGCUCGCUGAAACUGGAGGAGCAAACAUUGGCUUGUCUGAAAGGACGUAUCAAUGAGAAGGUGAUGGCGGGCGAGGGCACGUGGAUCGACUGGCAGUACCUGUGGGACUCGGCGCGGCUGCUGAAGCGCUGCCGCUACACGCUGCAGUACACCUAUCCCUUCGCCUACUACAUGGACGUGGGGCCACGGAAGGAGCUGUUUGAAUACCAACAGGCGCAACUAGAGGCUGAGAUCGAGAAUUUGUCGUGGAAGGUAGAGCGGGCGGAGACCACGGACCGCGGCGACCUAGAGAAUCAAAUGGAUAUAGCGGAGAAAAGACGUACAACUCUACUUAAAGACUUUUUAGAAUUUAACACCACUAGUGCUUCGAGUAGUAAAGUUUAACCGAGGUUUAUUCGGACUUCCACGUAUUGCGAUUAUGAAUUAAUAAUAAUAGAUGUAAUAAUAUCUUUAUACGUUUUGAUUAAUGGAAGCUAGAUUUUUUUUGUUCUGCCAAAGUGUAUUUAUUAACGUAACUUUGCAAUAAAAUAGAUCAUAGUA